AAUCAGGAUCACUAUUCAGUUCUUGGAUUGGGAAGGUUAAGAUACAAGGCCUCUCAGAAACAGAUCAAAGCAGCUCCCUACGAAACGUUAUCGGACCCUGUGAAAAGAAGAGCGUUUAACAGCAUAGACCCUACUUUCGACAACACCAUUCCUUCCAAAAGCGAAGCCAAGGAAAACUUCUUCGAGGUGUUUGCCCCCGUUUUUGAAAGGAAUGCCAGAUGGUCAAAUAAGAAAAAUGUUCCUAAGCUUGGGGAUCUGAACUCAUCCUUCGAUGAGGUGGAUGCCUUUUAUUCUUUCUGGUAUAACUUUGAUUCUUGGCGAGAAUUUUCUUACUUGGACGAAGAAGAAAAAGAGAAAGCAGAAUGUCGAGAUGAGAGAAGAUGGAUUGAAAAGCAAAACAGAGCCGGCAGAUCGUUAAGGAAAAAGGAAGAGAUGAAUAGAAUGAGGACCUUAGUGGAUAACUCAUACAGUUGUGAUCCCAGAAUAAAAAAGUUCAAAGAGGAAGAAAGAGCAAAGAAAGAAGCCGAGAAGAAAGCAAAGGUCGAAGCAAAACGGAAAGAACAAGAGGAAAAGGAAAGAAACUGGAAUUACUUUUCUGACAAUGAGGCAGAAAACGUUAAGAUGAUGGAAGAAGUCGAAAAGCUUUGCGAUCGGCUGGAGCUAGCAAGUCUGCAGUGCUUGAAUGAAGCACUUACAUCCACCACAAAGGACGAAGGGAAGGCUGCGGUAUUAAAACAGAUCCUCAUCAAAAGGACGACAUCAAUAAGAAAGCUUUUGAUAAAUUUAAGAAAGAGCAUGGCGUCAUACCACAAGCAGACAGCGCUGCCCCAUCAGAACGUUUUGAAGUAUCAUUCACAGAUGCAACUCCGUGGACGACAGAAGAGCAAAAACUCUUAGAACAGGCUCUCAAAACGUAUCCAGUGAAUACUCCCGAGAGAUGGGAAAAAAUAGCAACCUCCGUUCCGGGCCGGUCUAAAAAAGACUGUAUGAAACGAUAUAAGGAGCUGGUCGAAAUGGUCAAAGCCAAGAAAGCCGCCCAAGAGCAAGUCGUGAACGCUGCUAAAACUAAGAAAUGAGAUUUCUCCCGCGACAAUCCUAGUGUGUGUGUGUGUUUGUUUUGUAAUAAAAUAAAUACAAAUGUA